ACACCGCAAAUCUGUAGGUUUCAAAAUCUUCAGUGUUUCAUUGGGAGGGAAACACUCCGAAGCUCGCAGCCAUGGCGACCACCAGAGUUCAGAGGAUCAUGAUCCAGCCCAUCAAUCUCAUCUUCAGAUUUCUCCAGAGCAAAGCUCGCAUUCAAAUUUGGCUUUUUGAGCAGAAGGAUUUGAGGAUUGAAGGAUGUAUCAUUGGCUUUGAUGAUCACUUCACCUCUCUCCACAAAGAUCAAGAAGAGAUUCUUCGCAUCCAAAAGGAG